AUGGCAAUAUGGCUAGCUGUAAUGGCUGUGCCAUCUCUUCAAGGAUGCAGACUCGGAGCUGAGCAACGCUCAAGAGCACAGAUAUCUGCCAAGGUCUUUGCAAUGACAGCCAUGUCGAUCAUGUUGGCCAUACCCGCCAUCUGCGACGCGCCCAGUCCACAAACUUCACCUAAUAAGCCAAUACAUACAAGUAAUGGUGGAUGCUAUAAUGAUAUAGCAAACGCUUAUGAGCCUCAUAUAGUUCCUGCAUUAAGUCAAGAGAGUGCUGCCAGAGUACUAAGGAAGAGCUCAUCAGUUACAGAAGGAUAA